CUUCGAGAUAACGUUGCAGCUGAUUGCUGAAGAUUUGGCCGGUUACCGACUUCUCCACCUUGGCAACAGGCUCAAGCCUGCGUGGGGGGAUGUUGACGGUGCCGGUGAUGUCUAUCUCGAUCGCCAAAGCACCCAAACCUCAGCAAGGGAGAUAUAUAUAACCCGAUGCUCUCCGCUCCUCGAGGAAGGCCUCCGCCCCUCUUUUCUCUCGCGACGACAUGGUUUACAAGCCUGCUUUUUGACGCAUAUUGUCGAUCCUAUCUAGGUUUGACCUGCUAUAAGUGUUGCAUCAAAGCUUGUCCUCCCAUUACGCCGGACCUCCCCGCAAUACCACUCACGUGUCGCACGUCAUUGAUCGCCCCUAUUUCUUCUUCUAGAUUCUUUGCUCGACGCUAUUACCAGAGAGAAACUCGACUUACAACAGUCCUAGCACGUUUGGGCGAUCUUAAGUAUCAACCAUGUUGGAUGAGGGAUUGUCGAAAAUCGGCAGGUGGGCCGACAAGCUCGCGGUCAGGUCCGAGCCGGGCCUCACCACGGCCCAAUUGAUGCUGACGAACCACGACUUGAAACCCGUCGAGCCGGGGCGUCGCCAAUGGGGCCCCUGGAACUUUGUAGCCUUCUGGAUUGCCGACUCGUUCAACAUCAACACGUGGAUGAUCUCGUCCUCCAUGAUCGUCGCCGGUCUGUCGUGGUGGCAGUCGUGGCUGUGCGUCUGGAUCGGCUACUCCAUCGCCGCCGUCUUCAUAUGCAUGACGGGUCGAAUUGGUGCCAUGUACCACAUUGGUUUCCCCGUCGUCAGCAGGGCAUCCUUUGGUAUCUGGGGGAGCCUGUGGCCAGUCUUCAACCGAGCUGCUAUGGCCUGUGUCUGGUAUGGUGUCCAGUCUUAUAUCGGCGGCCACUGCGUUUACUUGAUGAUCCGUUCCAUCUGGAAGAGCUGGGACCGAGAGACCAUCCCUAAUACGUUCCCCCCCAACUCGGGCACAUCUACAGCCGAUUACGCCUCUUUUUUCCUCUUUUGGUUCUGCUCUCUGCCAGCCCUCUGGUUCCCCGUCCACAAGGUGCGCCACCUUUUCACCGUCAAGGCUUACUUCGUCCCCUGCGCGGGCAUCGCCUUCCUCAUCUGGGCCAUCGUCCGCGCCGGCGGUGUCGGACCUAUCGUGCGGCAGCCGGCCACGAUAUCUGGCAGCCAGCUGGCGUGGGAGUUUAUCAAAGGUGUCAUGAGCAGCAUUGCCAACUUCGCGACGCUCGUAGUCAACGACCCGGACUUCAGCCGUUUCGCUGGCAAGCCGCGCGAUGCGCUGUGGUCGCAGCUCCUCACCAUCCCCAUCGGCUUCGCAGUGACGAGUUUCAUCGGCAUCAUCGUGUCGUCGUCGUCAAGCGUCAUCUACGGCGGCGAGCCGAUCUGGGACCCGCUCGACCUCCUCGAGCGCUUCAUCGAGGACGGCGGCUCGGCGCAGCGGUUCGGCGUCUUCGUCAUCGCCACGGCCUUUGCGCUCGCGCAGCUGGGCACCAACAUCGCGGCCAACUCGGUGUCGGCCGGCACGGACAUGACGGCGCUGCUCCCGCGGUUCCUCAACAUCCGGCGCGGCGGCUACAUCUGCGCGGUCGUGGGUCUAGCCAUGUGCCCGUACACGCUUCUCACGUCCAGCAACCAGUUCACGACCUACCUGUCCGCCUAUAGCGUCUUCCUCAGCUCCAUUGCCGGCGUCAUGUGCUCGGACUACUACCUAGUCCGCAGGGGCUACCUCGAGGUCAAGGAGCUGUACGAUGCGCGCAAGACGGGGCCCUACUUCUUCGGCGUCGGCAUCCACUGGCGCGCCUACGUUGCCUACAUCGCCGGCAUCCUGGUCAAUGUCGUGGGCUUCGUCGGCGAGAUCGGCCGCGAGGUGCCUGUCGGCGCAAAGUACGUCUACAACCUCAACUUCUUCGGCGGCUUCAUCGUCUCCUCGGGCAUCUACUGGGGUCUGUGCAAGAUCUGGCCCGUCCCGGCCUGUAGUGACCGCUGGAUGGAGGUCGGCGACGAUAUUGUCGACAUCGGGCUCGCGUAUGAUGAUGUGAGCUCGACCCAGGAGUUUGGGGAGACCAUCACAGCCGAAAAGGGGCAGGAGGAUGGGAAGAUUGUUUAAACUACCUUUUUGCUUUUUGCUUCUUACCUUGUGGCCGUCAUCAUCUUGACGUCUGUGUAAGACAGGCAGGUUGUCUUCCUGUGUAUGGGGUCCAAAGGGGCUAGUCCCAGUUGACCAUUAACACCAUUGUUAGAGGGAGAAAUAGACAUGUAGCGGUCUCCUGCCUAUUUCAAGUUAGUAAGAAUCUCAAUGAGGGGCUUGAAACAGAGCCGGUAGGCCGAAGACCUCCGCGGAUAUACGGCGCCCUCUCCAACAGUAACUAGUCUUGGGCCCUGGCUGGGAUUGACACAUCCUUAG